CACUCUCUGACAGACACAUGCUGUGACAGUGUGAACAAAAUCCAAAGUUAUGAGGGAGGUUCAGUGUCCAUCAGUUGUCCAUAUGAUCCUGAAUACCAGAACAACCAGAAGUACAUGUGCAGAGGAAAGCGGCCCUCCACCUGUCUGCAGCAGGCAGUAGUCACCAGUAACAACAAACAAAGCAGACAAUACAGUCUUACUGAUGACAAGGAGAGAAGAACAUUUACAGUGACCAUUACAGGCUUGGCCCAAAGGGAUUCUGGGUUGUACCUCUGUGGAGUCCAUAGAAACACUGGACUGGAUGUUUUCUCUGCUGUUGAGCUGGAAGUCAAAGAGUGGUGCUGUGUGAAGUCAAACAAUCUGAAGGGCAUUGUGGGACGUCCAGUAACUCUGAAGUGUCCCUAUCCACGGCAUCAUGGGACAAACAGGAAGUUCCUCUGUAAGGGAGACCACCGCAGCAACUGCACACACAUGGUAACGAGUCACAACAACUCAGGCCAGACUGACCUCCGGUUCACUCUGCAAGAUGAUGCUGCUUCCAGCUCUUUCUCGGUGAUGAUCACAGAGCUGGAAGCAGGGGAUGCUGGGACAUACUGGUGUGGUUCAGACUCUCAGUGGAGUGUUGGAAACUACACCCAGAUUCAGCUCUCAGUAGGUAAGAUCAACACAACUGUAUAUGGGAAUAAAGUAUGUUUGUAGCUGUAAGUCACAUCCUCAGUUGAUCCCCACUGUAUGAACAUGGGCUGGGCUGUUUCCUGGAGGUUCAUCUGUAGCCAAACGUAUUUGAGCUUCCAUCAAGAGAAGAAUACAUUGUGUUUUUACACAUUUAAUGACUUUCUUUGGAUCAAAACUCAUCAUCAAACCAACACUGGAGUGUGACCUGAGUGUCGUCUUCCUCUCUCUUUUCAGUGAUGUUAUUAGUUAAUUGAGAUGUGCUUAUGCUAAAACAAGACAGGUUUACAGUCACACUAGCAGCAUUGUGAAGGUGUACUUAGUGCACUUAGCUGAAAUCUAAAGUCAGAUGAGU